AUGGACGGCUCCUUCGCUGAAGGCGAUCCUGCCGCUGUCUGCGGGAAGAGGCAGCAGUUCGGGAGCCGGUUUCUGAGCGACCCCGCUCGCGUCUUUCACCACAAUGCCUGGGACAACGUGGAGUGGUCGGAGGAGCAGGCCGCGGAGGCAGAGAGGAAAGUCCAGGAGAACAGCACUCAGCGGGUGUGCCAGGAGAAGCAAGUUGAUUAUGAGAUCAAUGCCGACAAAUACUGGAACGACUUCUACAAAAUCCAUGAAAAUGGGUUUUUCAAGGAUAGACAUUGGCUUUUUACUGAAUUCCCAGAGCUGGCACCUAGCCAAAAUCACUUGAAGAAUUUGCUCUCAGAGAAUAAGAGGAGUGAAGUAUAUGAAUAUUAUAGAAGUGGUGAGGAUGGAUCUGAUUUAAUGAUGGAAGAACAGCACAGUUGUUCUUCUGUUAGCCUUGAAGAUAAGACACAGCCACCUCUUAUGGAAGAGAGUGUAACUCAGAAACUCCGUCACCUGGAAAUCUGUGCUAAUGAGUUUCCUGGAUCCUCAGCAACCUACCGAAUACUCGAGGUUGGUUGUGGUGUGGGAAACACAGUCUUCCCAAUUCUACAAACUAACAAUGACCCAAGCCUCUUUGUUUACUGCUGUGAUUUUUCUUCCACAGCUGUAGAACUUGUCAAGACAAAUUCAGCAUAUGACCCUUCUCGGUGUUUUGCCUUUGUUCAUGAUCUGUGUGAUGAAGAUAAGAGUUACCCAAUGCCUGAGAAUAGUCUUGAUGUUAUCAUCCUUAUAUUUGUUCUCUCAGCAGUCAUUCCAGACAAGAUGCAGAAUGCUAUCAACAGGCUGAGCAGGCUUCUGAAGCCGGGGGGGAUAAUGCUUCUGCGAGAUUAUGGUCGCUACGACAUGGCUCAGCUUCGGUUUAAAAAAGGUCAAUGUCUGUCUGAAAAUUUCUAUGUGAGAGGCGAUGGCACCAGAGUGUACUUCUUCACACAAGAUGAACUGGACACACUUUUCACUACUGCUGGACUGGAAAAGGUUCAGAACCUGGUGGAUCGCCGGUUGCAAGUGAAUCGAGGAAAACAACUGACAAUGUACCGAGUUUGGAUUCAGUGCAAGUAUCGCAAGCCUCUUGUGUCUAGCACCAGCUGA